GUGAUACCAUGGCAGAUGUUGGUUAGCAAGACUCGUAAAACGGCCGCAGAAGUAGCCAUUUUCGGUCGCCUGCUAACCAUCACAGCAUUAAAUGGAGUACUUCUUCUGCAUGCAACUUCAAGUCCGCCUUGUGCUCCAAGGUGGUACCACAGACGCCACAUUCUACACACAUAUCCUGCGGGAAACGCUUGAUAUGCUUGUCCCUAAAGUGUCGCAUGGGAGACCCAGGGGUACUAUAAUCCUUCAGUCACUGGAUUAAUAGAAGGUGGGUUCUACCCAGGCAGAGAAAGUAAAGUGUCGGCCUUUACUCUAGAGAUUUUAUUACAGGGGCAAAGGCUUGCUGGAAGGUAGUCACAGAUU